CCCUCUCCCUUCACCUCCUCCAGCCGCCGCCCGUCGAGCCUGUGCUACUCGCGGUCUCUUCCGCAAUCCAAGCCGUGAGUCCAGACCGGAGUCAGUACGGCCAGUGUCCCCUCCAAUCUCCGAAUCACGUUCAACCAGGCCCCCAAGGCCAGGCCGGACUCGAGCCCCGGGACUCGAGACUGUCGCACGAGCUAGGAAGCCCCAGGACACUGGAGGGGUGAAAUACAAGCACAACGAUCCAGUGAGAGACAGAGAAGGAACAGAAAUCAUUCCACCUAACUGAAGAGAAAAAACAGAUAAGGAAACACCCUGGCCAUGGCCUCAGAGAUCCACAUGCCAGGCCCAGUGUGCCUCAUUGAGAACAUUAAAGGGCAACUGAAGGUUAAUCAGGAAGCAUUGAAGAUCUUGUCUGCCAUCAACCAGCCUCUUGUCGUGGUGGCUAUUGUGGGCCUGUACCGCACAGGCAAAUCCUACCUGAUGAACAAGCUGGCCGGGAAGAAAAAGGGUUUCUCUCUGGGCUCCACAGUGCAAUCUCACACCAAGGGAAUCUGGAUGUGGUGUGUACCUCAUCCCAAGAAAACAAACCACACCCUAGUUCUGCUUGACACCGAGGGUCUAGGAGAUGUGGAGAAGGGUGACAACAAGAAUGACUCCUGGAUCUUUGCCCUGGCAGUCCUCCUGAGCAGCACUUUCGUGUACAACAGCAUGGGAACCAUCAACCAGCAGGCCAUGGACCAACUGCACUAUGUGACAGAGCUGACUGAGCGAAUCAAGGCAAAAUCCACACCUGAUGAAAAUGAGCAUGAGGAUUCGGCUGAUUGUGUGAGCUUGUUUCCGGACUUCGUGUGGACUCUGAGAGAUUUCUCCCUAGAGUUGGAAGCAGAUGGACAAACCAUCACAGCAGACCAGUACCUGGAGAAUUCACUCAAGCUAAGGCAAGGUACCAGUGAAAAAGAUAAAAAUUUUAAUCUGCCCCGACUCUGCAUCCGGAAAUUCUUCCCAAAGAAGAAAUGCUUUAUUUUCGAUCGGCCCACUCAUCGGAAGCAGCUUUCCCAGCUUGAAACACUGCAUGAUGAUGAGCUAGAUUCUGAAUUUGUGCAACAAGUUACAAUCUUCUGCUCCUACAUCUUUAGCCAUUCCAAGACUAAAACUCUUUCAGGAGGCAUCCAAGUCACCGGACCUCGUCUAGAGACUCUAGUACUGACCUAUGUCAAUACCAUCAGCAGCGGGGAUCUGCCCUGCAUGGAGAAUGCAGUCUUGGCUUUGGCCCAGAUAGAAAACAAGGCUGCAGUGCAAAAGGCCAUUGCCCACUAUGACAAGCAGAUGGGUCAGAAGGUGCAGCUGCCCACAGGAACCCUCCAGGAGCUGCUGGACCUGCACAGGGCCAGUGAGAGAGAGGCCAUUGACGUCUUCAUCAGGAGUUCAUUCAAAGAUAUAGAUCAUUUGUUUCAAAAGAAAUUAGCGGACCAGCUGGACAAAAAGCGAGAUGACUUUUGGAAACAGAACCAGAAAGCAUCAUCAGAUCAUUGCUCAGCUUUACUGCAGGAUAUUUUUGGUCCAUUAGAAGAAGAAGUGAAGGAGGGGAUUUAUUCAAAACCAGGGGGAUAUCGUCUCUUUGUUCAGAAGACAGAACAGCUAAAGAAAAAGUACUCGAAGGAACCCAUGAAGGGGAUACAGGCUGAAGAGACACUACAGAAAUACUUGAUAUCCAAGGAGUCUGUAACUGAUACAAUUCUACAAACAGACCAGACCACAGAAAAGGAAAAGGAGAUUGAAGUGGAACGUGUAAAAGCUGAAUCUGCACAGGCUGCAGCAGAAAUGCUGGAGAAAAUGCAAAGGAAGUAUCAGCAGAUGAGGAAACAGAAAGAAAAGAGUUAUCGGGAACAUGUGAAACAACUGACUGAGAAGGUGGAGAGCAACAGAGCCCAGUUGCUGGCAGAGCAAGAGAGGACUCUAGCUCUUAAACUUCAGGAACAGGCCCAGCUGCUCAAGGAAGGAUUCCAAGAUGAGAGCAGACGACUUAAUAAUGAGAUAGAGAAUCUCCGAAAGAAGAUGGAAGCAUAAGAGAGAUGUGUCAUAUGCUAGAGACCUAAAGAAUAGAACUUUACUAUCACUCUUACUCAAGGCAUAAUUCAAGCAAUUUUAAAAUUUGGAACAAAUAUCACUAUACUUGAUAAUAACUGGGUCUUGCAUUUUUCAGUGCACCAAAAAUUUGAAACAUGAAAUCAUGUUCAUAUCCCUAAAGAGAUUUUAAAUUGUGUAACAACGAUGCAUUUAACCUCUACACCAACAGAAGAGAGGGCAUGAGGUGUAACAAGGAUGCAUUUAACCACUAUACCACCCAGGAGAAGUUUAUUCUUCCAUACAGCCACAGUAGACAAGUGGAUACCGAAGAAAAUCUUGGGUAAAUGUCUUGGGAAACAGUUGGGAAUCAGUUUGGUCAAGUAUACAACGGGUCCCAGUGGCAGGGACAACCCAUCCUCACUUCUUAAUGAAGCCAAAGUGCAGUUCCCAUUGGGUCAAGGUUGUGCAGUCUUUGAGCAAUCAUGUGAAUCCUGGGCACCGGCCAUAGACGAUCCUCACUGACGGACUCCAAGCAAAAGCAAACAAUUUUAUAUAUAGAUCUAGAAUCCCUAUAUAAUCCCUAUAAGAAGAUGGAAGAAACCAUUAGUAUGGGUAGGAAUUACGUCACAGAGGAAUGGGCUAAAGAAGGAAACUUUCCCUUCUUGCUCAGUUUGCCCAGAUUCUAACUUUAAUGGGACAUUUUAGAACUUUAGACAGUUGAACACUGGACUAAACAUAGUAACAUGAUAAUUAUGUUUUGUGUAUUCAUAGCAAUGUAUCAUCUGCAAACAUGGACUUUAAGUGGUGAUGGAUGAUGUGUUAGAAAAUUGAGCUAAUUUCAUUAUUUUCUUAUAAUCCCAAAGUUUAGGCUAGUCUUUUCCUAAUUCUUAACAGUCAUGUUUAUUUUCCCUAAAGAGAAUAUGAAUUGUAUUUUUGACACUUUUGACCAAU